UAAAUUAUAAAAUAUAAAAUUAAAUACUCAUAUUCUUGUCGUUCAGAGACAGACUGAUGCGCUUUGACGCGAAGUGGAUAAUAAUAUCAGAGGCAGAGCCUUCACCUGACAACCGGGGUAUAUAAGGCGGCGCGGUGGCAUGCACUCCGUGGUAGAAUUAUGGUGCAAGCUGUAGGCCGCGCGUUGGAUGUGCUCGUGCUGACUGCACUUCUGACGCUGUUGUUCGUCGAUCAAGUAAGAACGACGACGAAGAACUGUUUUAAUGAUGCAGCCAUCGUAUACCGCUGCAGCAUGCUAUAGCCCUGUAGAAUGUUAGCGCAUAUCUCGUGUACCAGUGUCUCCUUGUUCUAUUCUGCUCGACUUGAGGCCGAUCAAUACAUCGGUUUCACGCACGGUUCGUCCGUGUCUAGACAAUGAACCUUUGUUCGUUGUGUUUCUCAUUCAUGCGUGUCUUCUAGGCUGUGCAAUGGAGGGCAUGUCUGCUCUCCUCCAAAACAGUGCUGUUCCUUUGGCUGUUGUUACGCUGUAUUUCAACUUCACUCUGCAUCAGACAUGUUUAAUUUCCUGUUUUGGACUUACUGGUACUUAUGGGCAGCUGUACUUAUAGGAUUGGCUAUAGCAGCAGCAUGUGGUUGCUGGUUGUGGAAACGUCAUCGCUCAGUUAUGGUUGAGGAUUGUACAUCUUCAGAUAGAGCUUCCGCAACUCCUUGGUAUCCACCACCACAUUACAGUCGUUGUAGUUCUUUUGUUCAAGCUCUUCCACCUCCGUACAGCGAGGUUACAGCCAAACCAGAUCUGUAUCCUUUGGUGAUCGGCUAUGACGAAGGAUCUGGUAAAGGAACUUCGGGAUUUGUAAUGCGUUAUUUUAGAUCGCUCUCCCAUGCGAGUACAUUAGAUUCUUUAAGCUCCAGUUUUAUGUGUAAUAUGGUAAACGAAGCAAAUACCAUAAUUCCACCACCAUAUUCUUGUAACAAUAGCGUGGAUGAGCUUUCUGCAGUGGAAUGCGAGAGAAUGGAAAACAUGGAUGUUGGGUCGGUUGCAUCGUUGGCUAAUCAUAGGACUACAUCUGACAUAUCGAGUUUAGCUGCUCAAUCUCCGUGUUCGCCUCCAAGGGCAACUAGUCCAACAAUAGAGUUACGUGAACUUCUAGACAAGAUACAACAGCUACCACAGUUACCUAAUGGACAUAGCACCGUUUUGCCUUGUUAUCAGAAUCGACCUCAAGUUUUGUCUACGCCAAACGCGAACGGCUCUACGCAACGGCCUUUAAGUCCAGGAGACGUUGGAUCUUACAAAGCUAGAAGAACACGUGGAAAAAUGUAUAUGCCAUUAGGACUUCCAAGCUCAAAAAACAAAGCGAAACGGUGGCUAUCGCGUUCGGCACCGACGACACCAUCAGGCACGAUGCCAAUGUCGUUUUUACCCGGUCAAAGUAGACGACCAUCUGAAACGGGUAACAACAAUCAGCAAGUGGUUCCGUUGCUUUCGGAACAAGACGAAACAGAAUGCAAUAACGUAGAUCAAGUAAACGACAUUCCAUUGUUGUCCGAACAAGAAGAGGAUCAACAGGAAACAUGACAAAACGUCUAAGUGUAUUUAACGAAUUAAGUAUUAAGAAGUCUAUUCAGAUAUCGUCAUCCCAAGUAAUCUAUAUAUUUUUUAAUAUGGCUGGUGAACUCCUUAUCGCGAAUUUUAAGCGAAGAGUAACCGUGUAUAAAGUUUGACAAUUGAUUUCGUCCAAAGACAAACGUUGCCAGCUCUUCUAGAUUCAAGAACCGUUUCGACACUAUGAUCUAACUAUUUUUUGUUGUAUCAAUAGCCAAUGCCAUAGUAUCUGUUCACUGUUCUAGCAGAUCUUUUAACUGAAUCGAGGCGAGUUAGAAUGAUAACUGAUAUUAUAAUCUUUCAGUUUAUGGAAUAGCAUGCAGUUAACGUACAGACAGAUAUUAAAAACACAAGAAACACGUACACAAAAUAUUAUGAUGAUAGAUCUUCUGUAGACAAUAUUUGAGCUCUGCUUGAGAUCACGAUCGAAAUAUGCAAUUUUAUACAUCGAACAGUUUAAUUUUUGCCUAAACGGUAACUUUAAUGAAACGUAAGUUGUAAAGAAGAAGAAGAAAAUGAGAAAAAUGAAAUUCUUAGCUGUUGCAUCGAUAAGUUUUAGUCAGUACACACUAAUACAGUAUCCAUCCAAAGACAGCCAGCCAGAGAGAAGUUAAGGACAAUAUACGAGUAAAAGUAGUGCGAGUUUGAGUGUGAAUGAAACAUCGACGUAAAUUUUUCACGAGUCAACGUACAAUAUCAAUUUUGUUUAGUAGAUAAAACAAGAUUCAUUGUGAGAGAAAAAAAAACAUGAUUGCAAGCACAACGAUUACAGAAUAUCGACGAUUUUAUUCAAAACGGUGCAAAAAUGUCGAGAACAGUUGAUAUAGACGCCGAACAGUUAGGAAGAGAAACGAUGAAUCUGCCGUUUAUAGGAUUUAAUGAGCAUUUGUUACAACUAAUCACAGACUUUAUUCUUAAAAGCGUAAUAUGAAACCGUCAUUUCAAUUAUACCACUCAUUCACAUACACACCAUGUAUUAACAUGUAUUUUUUUAUGAAUCGGAUAAAAAAAAUAAAUCCAAGCUUUUAAGAGA